AGACACACAGCAAGUGCUUUCCUUACAACUAGAUUGCCUCCUUCUCCAGUCAAGAAGACCACAAAGUCCAGCCAUGGCCAUCACUGACAUCCUUUCCGCUAAGGAUAUUGAGGCUGCCCUUUCCAGCUGUCGGGCUGCUGAGUCCUUCAACUACAAGUCAUUUUUCUCCACGGUUGGCCUAACAGGCAAGUCGGCUGACCAGAUAAAGAAAGUUUUUGGAAUCCUUGACCAGGACAAAAGCGGCUUCAUCGAGGAGGACGAGCUUCAGCUGUUUCUAAAGAAUUUCUCCUCAAGUGCCAGAGCUCUAACUGAUGCUGAGACCAAGGCUUUCUUGGCAGCUGGUGAUACUGAUGGUGAUGGCAAAAUUGGAGUGGAUGAAUUCCAGGCUCUGGUGAAGGCAUAAAUAGCACUAGACCAAAGGCAAUAAAGGACUGACACUUCAAAUUCCCUCCUCCAACGAGCACCUCACACUCAGCACGUAUUUAUACAUUUUUAUAUCGUCUCAAGGCAUUAGUAAAAUGCCUGUGCAUUAACUCCACAUAUGGGACUGCUAAGAGAUCUUGCAACGUAGUGUUGUUUUCAGUGUAAAGCAGGCACUUUGUGAUUUUCGACCACUCACAAUGUUGAAGUUGUGGCUGGAAGAAGGAAACCAUUAUUAAAAAAAAGUUCUGA